AUUCGUAAAGUUAGGUUAGGAAUCUUAAAUUUGUUUAUUUACAAUCGUUGUGUUACUCAUAUCGCCCUAUUCUCCUAACUUUCCGUGUUUAAAUGAGUUUGUCGGACCUAGGAAGUAGCUGUUCAACAAACUACAGACUGGAAAAUGACCGCAACAACGUCGUCUACAACAAUUCGCAUUUGGUCGACGUCUUUUACGGGUCGAAGUCCUCCACACAGAAGACUGUCUCCUUCAUAAUUUCGCAACUGGCAAACGCCAUUAAGGUAAAGGUGCGCGACGCCUCCGACUACUCCUUCAACUACACCGCCGUGAUAGACUGGUCGGCGUUCGACCGUAUGCGACACGAGCAACUUCUCGACAUCACCUUCGAAGAGUUUCAGCCGCAAAUCCUCGACUUGCUCAGUCAGAUCACUAAGAAGCAAAUGCAAAUACGACUCGAAGCCGACGACUCACGAUGUAAGCUAAUAUUCUACGAGAAGUCGCGCUUAAAAUCGCUGAUAUUCCUAACCGUCGACCUUUCGCUGACCAAUCAGCGCGAACUCGUCGAGGAGAUGACCAAUAGCAUAUCACAACUGAAGGGUUUCAAUAAGAGUGUCAACGCGCAGCUGUCGAUGACGAAGAACCAACUGUUCGAGACGGAACUGCUGCUGAAGACGGCCGUCAGCAAGAACAGCGUUCUAGAGAAGCAGUUCUACAAAGAUCUCGAGCUCAUACUGCAGACGUUCCUGUCGCGUAUACGGCACACGGAGACGAACAUAUCGGUCGAGCUGUCGAAGUUGACGAAGCGACAUCACAGGCUCAUCGCGAAUUUGGAGCUGCUUAAGAAGGAGAACGCGGUCAAGAGCGACGCCCGGAAUCAGUUGCUGCAGUCCGUGCAGAAUCUUCGGAUUGACAAUGAGAGGAGCCAUAGGAGCGUUACGGAGUUAAAGCACGAAAUCGACAUUUUACGUAUAGGCAAAUUGAAGCUCGAGGACAACUGCAAGGACCUACGGACCAGUUUGGCGAGCAGGGAAGCGGACGUUGAAGUAUUGCAAAAGCAGAUGGGUGAAUUGAGGCGGGACCUACAGGACGCGACCAUGAUCAUAACUCAAAAGACGAAGACGAACGACGAAAUCGGCAAGGAUCUACUCGAGGCGAACAGGUUACUCGUCAAUUUCAACGCGCAGUACGACACGUUGGCGAACGAGGCGGACCAAAUCAGGGAAAUGCUGACGUGCAAGGAUGACGCGAUCAAAAUGCAGGCCGCCGAGCUCGAGAAGAUCGGGCAGGAGUUCGCGAACUAUCGCAGCCUCUACAAUUCGGACGAGAUUUCGAAGUUGCGGGCAGAGCUUCGCGUGGCGAAACAGCGUGCCGACGAGCUGGAGAAGCAAAAUCGCGAGGCGAUAAAACUUAACGGACUGCUGACGAAGAAGCUGUCGAAUAGCGAGUACGAGGUGCGUAAUGCGAAUGUGGGAAUGUCGAGGAAAUUUUAGCGCUUUAUACGAUUAUUUAAUUAGAUAGACUUUGUAUUUAUGAAAUAAAAUGUGUUCAAUCGUG